AUGUAUAAGCGCAAAUGGCGCAGCAAGCAGUACUGUGGCGACAUCGAAUUUGAUCCGUACGAACUGGCUUACCGCGGAAGCGUCUUCGAUUCCUAUUCUAAUUUCGCACGGUUGCCGACGGUGCUGGAGCACGAUUGUUCGCCACUAGAAAUGGAUCCGUUGGAACUGAUUGAAAACAUACAAUUCCCGGCCCACCGACUGUCGGCGAAGGUGCGACAGCAGUACUUACACUACCUGGAACAAUUGCUACAGCAGAACUAUCGCUCGUGGACUAUGACGAGCAAUCACAACGACAACCCGUUCAGCGACGACGAGCUGCGGCAGUGUGCAGAAACGAUCGAAAUACGAGCUGUGCAAGCUUGCAUGAUCACAUCGCUCUACAGAGAGUACGUGUUGAAGAAGAUUGGAGAAAUACGCAAGCAGACAGCAGACGGCUUGCUUCAUCCCAACAUAGUGGACGUUAAAUUUAAGCCACCUCCCAUUAAGCGAGAACAGUGUCAUGUCGGCGUGCAAACGGAUGCCAUCGUCGGCACUCCAGCAAAAACUCAUCAUAAUGCUCUGAAACACACAGCGCCAAUCAGUUUGGAUAAGUUUUUCGGUAAAUUUGAAAGCAAUCGUUCCAUUCACGAAGUCAAGUUCACCGACGGACAAGACUUCGACAGGAAGGAACCUUUUGGCCGUGCUACAUUGGCACUACAACCAAAGUUAGCUACGGAAAAUAAUUUGUGUGCGACUAAUGUUCAGCAACCGAACAGCGCAUCGCUGGACGAUGAAAUAAUUAGAGAAUUACAGGCAAUGUUUGAGCCAGAAGACGACACAAUGAACAUAUUCGAAUGGAGUGAAGAUCAGGAGCAAGUGAGAGCCAUUAUCAACGAGAUACAAAAGUGUGACCCUCCGAAGGUGACUAAUAAUCAACACGAAAGCAGCAUACUCGCAACUGAACCAAGCCCUCGAUUGAUGAACAGCUAUAAACUGGCCGAAGAGGUGCAGAUGUCGGCCGAGGGAGACGAUCUGCGCCAAAGUCUGUGGCCUUGCGAGCUGCACAUGCAGCGCGUGAAGUUACGGAGUCUUCUGGUUAAAAUAGCCGAUGAUGAUUACCGACGCUACGAGUCGCUACGGACACGCUUCGUGUCGCUCUUCGGUGAGGACGACGGGGAAGAGCAGGAUCUUGGGCCGUACAGUCCGUCAAUCGAGCUAAACGAUGUGCUGGUGGCCAGCUGCAGGCAUCGGAUAGCUAAGUGGGUUGUACAGGAGCUGAUGAGGCCGCUGAACGAGGGAUUGAUAGCGAAUCGUUAUCUGUUCAAAAAGCUCGCCAAACGAUUGGCAGAAAAUAUUAUCUACGUGAAUCAGUAUCCGGACCAAAAGUUCAUCCAUCGAUACAUUGCUGACUACUUUUGCACGCAUUCCUGCAUAAGAACAAUCGAUGAUAUUACUUGAAGUGCUUCAAACAAUCUAAGCGGGAUCAAAAUCAGACGCACAAGUGGAUUACUUUGCCAGAACCAUUUAGGUUUGGGAACCAAUAACCACUAGCUCAACUGGAGUAAAAUUGUACCAAGCGAAUAGUUUUGCAUUAAAGCAGAUUUAUUUUUAGACAAAAAGAUACACAUUCACAAAAGGCACUAAAACAUAAAUAUACAACACAAUGCGCAUGAGGCGAUGCUGUUUGGUAUGAAUAUUGAUCAUGAUCAAUUGUAAAGUUGAACGCCGGCGUCCAGCUUUGGCGAAUUCCGUUAUUGUAGAGCCCAUAG